AUGCGGGACAGGCUCAGUCGCGGCCAUUAUCUAUUUAUUUACUUUCUGCCGCCAACGCUUGUCCGUGUCUCGCCACCGCGCGUCGCCUGCUCAACGCGUUUGCAUUUUCCGUCACGCCUGCAAAAAGCCGCCAAAAGCCCCCCGCCCGCCAUGUACCAGUCCGCCAACUACCGCAGAGCCCAGCCCGCGCACGAUGCGCCCUCCGACAGGUAUCGUGCACAGGCCACCCAGCUCCAGGAGCUCUUUCCCGCGUGGUCCAACGAAGUCCGUCCUCGAAGAGGUCCCGGCAACGUCGAGCUAGCGGCCGCCAGGAUCAGCGAAGGCCACGCCGAGCAAUGGGGCUCCGUCACACGCAAGAAAGACAAGAAGCCUGGUCCUCCGCACACCCAGUCAAAGGACGCAUCUGCUCCCCGAGAGCGUGGCGACUCGCGCGGUGGCAGAGGCGGACGUGGCGCAAGGGGAAGUCAACGGCCACCGGGCAAGCCUUCACAGUCCGGCAACGCUGCUGCGCCGAAGCAUGCUGAGGAGCCUGUUGCCGCGAGCGCCGGAUGGCCCGACACACCUGUCAACGGCGCUGAGACAUUCACGGAGGACACCUCAGAGGUUCCGCCAGCACAGACGAACGGAACCACAGAGCAGUUCACCGAGACACCCGUUGCACCUCAAUCAGGAUGGGGUUCCAGCACUCCCUCGACAUGGGGAGGAACGAACGGGUGGGCUUCUCCUGCUGCACCGGUGCAGCGCGUUGCAACCCCUAAGGUCGCGAAGACACCCGCAACCUCAAAGAUGUCGUGGGCGCAAAUCGCACGUGCCCAGGAAAAGCCGGCGCCUACCUCUGCUGCACCUGCCCCCGUCGCACCUCCUCAAUCAAUCUCUGCGCCUGCUCCGCCACCCCCAGCGGUUGAACCCCUGCGAGAGCCAACCCCGCCACACGUGGAACUGCCGGCAGAGCCUCAGCAACAAGGCUGGGAAGAGCCGACAACCGUGCAGGCGCCGACAUGGGACGACGAGCCGCGAGUCAAGCCUGUAGCAGAGUCGUGGGGUAAGGACCCUACGCCUGUGCUCGAGGAGCCGCAGAUCGUCGAGCCUGAGCCGGAGUCAACUGCAGCACCUCCAGCGGUCUUUGAGAGGGAACCUGCCACUGUCUCGUUCGAGGCUCAGCUCGCGCCUGCUGCUGCAGAGCCUGUGGCGAUCCCGACGAAACCUCUUACGCCGGCCGCGCACACGCGGCCUGGUGCUGCGGUUCACCGGGGGAGUGCGAAAUUCAAGACGACAGACCAGGCUGUCGUCAUGCCCAGUUCAAGCUUCGGAACUGGCAUCGAGAAGGUCGGGAUGCAGUUCGGUAGCUUGAGCCUCGGCGGCGACGACAUAGAUGCUCCCGAUGGCACUGAACCGCCGGCGACUGAGCCCUCCCAGUACCCGCCUCGGCUCCUGCACCUGCUCGGGCACCUGAGCCCCCCCUCGCAAGCGUACAGAGCCUCAGACCGUACAUGCGCCGGUGCAACAGCAAGAACCUCUGGCUCCUCAAGUCACAUCUCCCCCUACUCCCGCACCAGUGCUGCAAGCCAGACACUGUUCCAACAAACUCUGCCUCCGCAGACCCAGACCCAGCCCCAGGUCGUCAGCCCGCCUCAACACACACUCCCCUCAUCGCUCUCCCAAUCCGCCAUCCCCACUCAGCAGCCUUCCAUCCCUUCCGCAACCCCCGCCUCCGCCUCGAUGUCGCAGUUCUCGCAACACGCGCAGAGCCUGCCCCAACAAUCUCUGUCGAACCACCAGCUGCCGCAGAGCCAAUCGCAGAACCAGCUCCACUCGCAGCAGCACCACCAGUACUCGCAGCACGGCCUCCCCACGCACCUCGACCCCGCGCAGAGCCAAGCACAGCACUCGCCGUCUGUGCCUCACGCGAAUCAGCCGCAAGGCAUCAGCGCUGCGCCUUCGUACUUCCGCCAGCCGAGGCCCCCUUGGCCAGCAGCACCAGGCCAAGGCUCCCACCUCGGUGGCUUCUCGGGCAACGAGUAUGGCUACAACGACAACCAGAGGCAGCAGGGCUUCUACGACUCGUAUUCAGCCCAGAGCGGCUUUGGCAACCGGAACGUCCUGGGCAGCCACGACGAGAUCAAGGGCCUGCCCGGGUCCAGCAACAGCCUCACGGCGCUCCUGGUCUCCCGCCCGUCAACUCCCAGUCGUCUCAGCAGAUCCCGCCUUCGUCGCAGGGAGCGACCCAGGGUCAAGCCGAACCAGUACUACGGCUCGCCCUACAACUCGGGCUACACCGUCCCGCAGCCGUUCGUCAAGUACCCGACCGUCUUCCAGGGCCCGCCCGGGCCUCAGUCGCCCCCUCGCCGCGACGAAGCAGCCUCCGAGCGCUGUCCAGCCGCAGUCGCCAUAUGGCCAGAGCUUCACUCGCACGGGCAGAGCGUCGGGAGCGGCUUGCCCACGAACGACUACGGCAAGCACCAGUCGCUGUACGGCGCAGGGCAGGGCAUGCAGGGCUUCAUGGGUCUCGGACAGUCCACCGGCCCUUCGUCGGGCCCGCCCCUCGGCCAGCGCGCGGGUGCGUCCCCGGACAACGCGUACAAGCCGUACGGCAACAACGCGGGCAUGAAAGACGUCGGCGCCGGCGUCGGUGUCGGUAUGGGCCAGGGCGGCGUCGGGCAGGGUCCCGGGCGUGGUGGCGUGCAGCAGCCGUCGCAGGGCGGGUUCUACGGCGCGCAGAGGUUCGGCGCGAGCGCGUCGGGCGUGCCGCAGAGGGGCUCUGACGCGAGCUUCUACUCGUACCAGCCCCGCCAGCAGCAAGGCUACUGGCAGUGA